AUCAUGGCAGCAUCAUAAAGAGUAGCAUCACUGGCUGUGUCGUGACCAGCGUUCUCCGCCCCUCUGUUAUUACACAUGGAGCCUGGCUAACAAACACUGGAGUCUUUUCGCUUAGAGAAUGCCUCGUUUUCAAAGAUACCGACUGAAAUAUUUGAAAAUAGAGACACCAUCUUCAUCCAAAUCUUCGACGGAACCUUUCAGAAUGGGCACCUCAGAUUACAGGGGAUGAUCCACUUCGAGAGCACUAUGCCUGCUGUUGCCUUUCAAGACCUAGUAUUGAAUAUUUACAUAGUCAUCUUUGGCACUGGGAUAUUCGUCUUCAUCUUGAGCUUGAUAUUUUGCUGCUGCUUUAUAAGUAAAUUGCGACAUCAAGCCCAGUCUGAGAGAUUGGCUUACAAGCUGGUUGUACUGAGAGAUGAAACAAAGCACUUGAAUAUUCACGGGCAAACGUGCGCUGUUUGCUUAGAGGACUUCAGAGUAAAAGACGAACUUGCGAUGUUGCCAUGCCAACACGGCUUUCACAAAAGGUGUCUGUUAAAGUGGCUGGAGGUGCGCUGUGUGUGUCCCAUGUGUAACAAACCUAUCGGUGCUCCUAACAAGCACAUCAGCAGCAGCAUACUGGAUGAACUGGUGUAAAUAACUGGCACAAGCAAGUGCUCCCACCCAAACACUCCAGAACCCAUUCUACAACAGAAUGUCUAGAAUUGUACACAACCAGAAAGAAAAGAGAAGGGGGGAGGGGGGCAGCACUAUGAUGCAAGUAUGAGCCUGGCAAUGGUAGUAUUAAAACAUUUCCCAGUUGAGACAAGUGUUAAUUUUUAUUCUAAUGAAGCAAAGAAAGAAAAAAAACCUAUUACUUUCAGUUACUGAUUAUGGUACUAAAAAUGUGUUUAAAUUAGAAAAGAAAAAAAAAAAAAAGAAAAAAAAAAACUCUCCAUGGAAACAAACAUUCUGAAUAGUUUUUUUUUAAUUUUAUUUUCCUCUCAAAGGGAAUACAGUGAACAUACUUGAUUUCCUUUUCCCUUAAUUACAGCUUUUAAUUCCUUUAACCCCUAACUAAGCUUCCAAAAUGUAGUUUUGUUUAAAACUUCCCACUACAAAUAUGGAUGAUUUUUUAUUUUAGUGCUGUUACACUGCCUGUUGGAGCACCAUUUCCAAAAUCAAAUACAAUUUUAUAACCACUUUGGUCCUAGAAAUUUCUAACGAAUGAUACUGUGG